GCCAGACUACUUAUCGAGCUCACUAAAUAUCCUACACUUUUUAAAGGAUUUUUCAUAAUUUUAGCUCUAUUGAAUUUCCUACUUUUUAGUUUUUGUGAAAUGCCAGACAUCUUCGCAUCGUUCCAGCGUUGAAAUGUAGGCAAAUUGAAUUAAAAGAGACGUGUGCACAAAAAAGUAUUCAGUUUGGAUUUAAUUAAUGCAAAUAAAAAAGUGAAAACAAUCUUUCCGAACAGAGUUUAUCCCUCACACAUCAGAACGCAUAGUCACAACAUUCGAGUGUACAGCCUGCGUACGUUUUGCAAUACGAGAGUGAAAGCUCUCGGAAGAACCCACUGUGUCACUGCGCUGAGAGCAACGUCACUCGCUACACGACACCGGCGUAAUGGGUGCCUCCCAAAGCGAGCACUCUAAGUCAGAGAAAGCUGAGCUGGUGAGGAAGAUCAAGGAGCGACUAGCCUCCGUGGACCCCGACAAGGCGAAGUCACUAGGAGGGGUGUUCCUCUUCAACAUUUUCAAAGGAACCAGCGUUUAUUGUUGGACCAUGGACCUCGACCAACUGAGGGUCUACGAAGGUGAACCCGACCAAGACCCGGACACCACAGUCACCAUGAGUGAGCACUACUUCAAACAGAUGGUGACGGGCAGAGAAGACCCCAAGGUCAUCUUGCAAGCUGGCCGCUGUUCCGUCACAGGGAACAUCAUGAAGGCGAUGCAACUUGAACCUUUUAUUAGGCUAGAUUAGAGUUUGUUUUAGACUGUAAGUUAUUGUUAAGUUUGGUGUGUUCAAAAUGUGGAGUUAGUGUUUUGUUUUAUGUAGAAGUGUUUUCGUCUCGGUUUGCUCAAAUAACAUAAUUAGUUGUCUAUUGAUUCAUUAUCAUCCAUAAAGUUCAUUUUCAUCAUCAUCAUCACACAUUAUUAUCAAUUUAUCAUCAAUGGAUUUCGCAAGCACAAUCCUUAAGUAUUAUUCAAGUUCUCUCUCCAUGUUAGAACAGUCUGUUCUCUUGAGAUUGAACUACUAUUUUUUGAUAGCUACGCGUAGGAUGAUCAUUAGUGUCAGAAAUACUUUGAAGACAUAAGAUACGUUUGUGUUACUAUUUUAAAAUGUUAGUACCAUAGAUAACAUGCUUUUGUAGCUGAAUUAAGCACUAAGUUAUACUUUAUAUGCACAUUGUUACUUUUAAGUUUGUUAAGCUUUAAAUAUAUGUUAAUAG